AUCUCAAAUAUUUUGUUUGCGGCCUAUUCGGUGACGUCGCGGUGAACAGGCUUCUCAAGUCUGCGCAAUUACCGCGCUUUGAUGCCAAUUAUUGUUGCCGUCAUCAAAAAUACAUGCAAGGAGACUAGAAACAUGCUCCCGGGCUUAAGAGUGCGACCCUGGCGAAAGCAUGCCUCGCGAAAUGUGGUGACAGCCACCCUCGCAGAAUGCGACGGGAGUCAAACUUUUGCAUCCUUAUAUGUCAUAUAAGUUAAUUCCUGAAAGAGGGAGGCUAAGUCUACGCGAGCGUGGAGAAACACGUGUGGACACGUUUUUGCCCCUCUUCAGACCGGCGUCAUACCCGUGUGGGCCGCCCAUCCUGCUCACUGCCUACACGGUGAAGGCGGGGACCGUGCUACAAAUGGCUCCACAGUUAGCCGCCCUGAAGGCUAAGCAUUUGCAAUAUGUGUGCGACGCGGGUGUGUCGGGGGUGGGGGCUGCCCUGGCGGCGGGGGCCUUCGUGUGCACCUUGGCCCGCUUGUGGUCGCUGAAAUGGGAGAAUCAUCAUAAGGAAGCACUGUGGCGUGUGGCCGCCAACGCUUGCUGGGCGUUUCCACGGCAUGCUAGCGCCUAGCGAGCGGGCGCGAGGCGUUGCUGUUGACCCGUGUUGGGCGUGUGGGUUUGACACGCAGGAUGGGGACCGGCGUCACUGGUUUUGGGACUGCACUGUUGCGCUGUCCCUGCGGGAAAACAUGGGGAUGGCUAUGGGUUUCCAUGCCAGAGGAUGCUCUAAGUGCCUUCUCUCGUGAGGAGUUGUGGUUAGUGCGCCCGCCUGCGGGGCUUGCGCCACCUGUGUGGGAUGUGGUGUGUCUCGCUGCUAUGUCUGCCCUGGACUUUGGUCGGCAGCGUGUGGUUAUGGCCGGGCUGGCGGCGCGACUGCGCGAGCGAAGCUGCCGUCGGCCCGGGUGCUGAGCAUUGGACUUGGCGUCGUAGCUGACUUCUGGGGUCGUCUCCAGACGUUUGUGACUUUGGGUAUCAGGCCAAAGGGUUGGGACGCUGUGCCGUCUGCGCAUCCUUUCAUCUCUCGGGCUGUUGGUGAAGGCCUGGUAUUGCGCUUGCCGUAUGACGCUGAUUCCCCGCCUCCCUCACCGUGAGAGGUUGUGGGUGGUUGGGGGAUUAGUGUGUGGGCAGGACGCGCGUGUGGGCGACCGUUCUAGUGCCUGGACGCUUGCGCCCUGGUUAGUGCGUGCGCUGUGCGUGUGUGCUGCGGCCUGGACGAUUCCCGGCACUCCGGUGCCUAGGCUUGUGGCAUUGAGGCACAGCGGUGGGGCUCUGGCGGGUUGAGGCUUGGCUAGGACUCACUGUGCGCGGAGUCACACGGACUUUGACCGCGGGAGGGUUUGCAGCAAAGUCGGGGUUGGUGGAGUCAACUUGGGCCCUGAUAGCAUGUGAUGGCUCGGCGUCUUCGGGUACUGGGACUGUCCCCUCUGUAACAUCCGCACUCA